UCUCUUCUCUUUUGAUAAGGUAUGCGUGUUGGGCUACGAAAAUAUGUCCAUGUAAAUCUGAGGGACAUAGAGGAUGCUAGAUUUAAGGAUGGUGAAGAGGUGUCUCUUGAAACUCUAAAGGAGAAGGGUGUGAUUAAUCCAUCAGGAAGAGAAAAGAAACUUCCUUUGAAGAUUUUAGGUGAAGGAGAGCUUAGUAAGAAGUUGACAUUUAAAGCCCGUGCUUUUUCAACAUCCGCAAAGGAGAAACUAGAGAGUGCUGGUUGUUCCCUCACUGUGCUUCCUGGCCGUAAGAAAUGGGUUAAGCCAUCUGUUGCUAAAAACCUUGCGCGUGCUGAAGAAUACUUCGCCAAGAAGCGAGCUGCUGCAGCUGCAUCUGAACCAGCUUCCGCAUGAAGUUGAAACAUUCAUGUGCAUCACAUGUAGAAAUCUUGUACGGUGAAAAGUAGUUUCAUAGGAACCACCACAUGUUUCACGUUCUUUAGUAUCUAUGUGCUGCUUCAUUUAGUUAUUUUUCUACAUAAAGGCAGUAAUUCUUUGUUCAUUUUGCAUUGUAAUGUAUUAUUAUGCAAAUUCAGUAAUUCAAUGUUGUAUACCUCAUUAAAUUUUGUCCA